UGUUCACCACAACCCAACAACCCCUUCCAGUCUUCUCACGGGACCAUCCCAACCCAACAACCCCUUCCAGUCUUCUCACGGGACCAUCACAACCCAACAACCCCUUCCAGUCUUCUCACAGCACCAUUCUUCUCACGGGUCCAGCACAACAUAUUUAGCCUUUGAACUACCACCCAAGCACCCUUACACACCUUCUCUUGAAAAGCCAGGGGUCAGUCCCGUCCACCCUAAUUUUGGACAAGAAACUGCUGAUGAUUCCUUACUGGAUUACAAUGAUGAUGAAUGUGAAGAGACACAAUCUGUGGUCUCAGGCAUGAUGGAGAACAAAGAGAAUAUUGGGGAUUCAUUAAACAGCAAGGAGAGUGAUAAAGGCACACCAUUGUUAGAAUGUGCUGGCUGUCUCCCAAGCCCAGCUCCUGCAGCAGACCAGAACAUCCCUGUAGAAGACCACUCCAUUGUGUUCUUUGACUUGGAGACCACUGGACUAGGGUCAAAGUGUGACAUUAUCCAGCUGUCUGCUGCCUGCAUGGAAAAGACCUUCAAUGUCUACAUGGUUCCCAGGACACCAAUCAUGAAGGAGGCGUCUGCUGUCACUGGAUUCACCGUCAGGAGACACAAGCUGUAUCUGCAUUGCCGUCCUGUGCAGACGAAGACCCACAGGGACUGUUUGAUGUCAUUCCUGGCCUUCCUUCGAGCAUUGGACCGGCCUCUGCUAGCGGGUCACAACAUAAAGAGGUUCGAUUGCCCUAUUUUGGCCAGGGUCCUUGAAGAAUUCCAACUGAAUGAGGAAUUCAAGCUAUUGGUCUCAGGCUUCCUGGACACCCUUAUCUUAAGCAAAGACCUCCUGCAGAACACUGGCAUCAAGAGUUUUAAGCAGGAGAACCUGGUUAAGGAGCUUCUGAAGAAAUCCUAUCCUGCACACAACGCUCUGGAAGAUGUCAAAGCUUUGCAGGAUCUCUACAGUGCCCUAAGGCCUACCCCAGCGCAAAUAACCAGCCAUCUAUUCACUCUUGACCAUAUGGAAUCUCAUAUGUCACUGCAGCCUUUAGUAGAGGGGAAAGCCAUCUCCAAAACCACAGCUCAGAAGCUGGCAAGACUCGGGUUCAAUUUUGAAAAGAUGAAGCGCUCUCAUUUGCAAAAUCCCAGUGAGGGGCUGCGGCAGUUUCUGGAGCCAUUGAAAGAAGAGCUGAAGAAUAGCAUGUUCACAAAAACUGUGGACAAAAUCUGUGACUUCUUUGAAAUAGAGCAGUAGACUGCGUUUGGGAGUUAUACUGCAGAGCAGGAUGAUCAACUGUCUUUAUGCACAACUUGUUUCCAGCUUCAUUGAAUUUAUGCCUGUUUUCCUUGUCUUCUACAGGCCUACUAGAAAGGAGACAUUGUAUUUUUUAAAUAAAUUGUAGGUUUCAGUUUGCAAAGAUACCUACUGUAUAUUUUAUUUGUUAAUUAUGAAUAAAUCAAGUGUAAUGUUUUAA